CCACUCUCAUCACCUCUCUCUAUUUUCUAAAGCACAAGAAACCAAGAGAAAUGAGUGCAAUGAACCCACUUAGCUUCAUUGAGAUCCUCCUUCGCUCCCUCUCCAUCCUCCCCUUCCUAUAAAUCCUAUAUCACCAAACCAGCCCAAGCAAGAGCUUGAAGCCAUGGACUGGCACUCAUGGCUAUCCAAAUCCAGCCUCGAGCCAUCCAUCAUCUAUGAGUACGGCCUCGUCUUCUCCAGCAAUGAGCUUGAGGAGGAGGACAUAGCCCACUUCGAUCAUGAGUUCCUCAUGAGCAUGGGAAUCUCCAUAGCCAAGCACAGGCUGGAGAUCCUCAAGCUAGCCAAGAAAGAGAAGAAGAAGAAGAAGAAGAAGAAGUCCCCUCGGCCCAUGGCCAAGCUUGUCGACGUAAUGAACAAGACCAAGAAGUCCCUUGCAAGGUAUGCAGGCACAUUGAUUCAUCCUAAGAACUCGGAGAUCAUGGUGGUGCCAAAAGGUUGGCAUGACGACCAGUGGAAGGGGAGUAUGCUGAAGAGGAAUAAGAGGGUGGUAGUUGUGAAGCAGAACAGGUUGAUGAUUACGGAUGGUGAAGCGAAAUUUGCCGGCUUUCCUUCUCGCUCGCACAGUGCAAGCCCCAUGGUUCAGAACUGCUAUGAGAGCAGCACUGGGGAUGAUGAUGCUUACUGGGGGAGCGAUGCCGAGGCCAUAAGGUGGGACUCUAUGUUUCAAAACCUGAAGCCAACUUGAGAUGCUUAUUGUUUGCUUCAGCAUAUACUUGUCCUAUGUAUUAUAUUUUGGAAGGGUCUGUGCUCUUCCACUCUUUGCAGCUGAACUUCCAGUAGGCGCCUUGAGAUAUCCUACUUAAUUGGCACAUCUGGAGUUUGCUUUGAUCAUGAGAUUUGCCCGGUUUGCUUUUGCUUAAUUUCCA